UUAUUUUGGCUCUUUAUGUUUCUUGUUUUGAUCGAUCUGGGGGUCUGCCGCCCUGCAGCGGGCUUUGUGAAAUCCCCUCUGUCCGAGACCAAGCUCACAGGCGACACCUUUGAGCUGUACUGUGACGUGGUAGGUAACCCCACCCCAGAAAUCCAGUGGUGGUACUCCGAGAUCAACCGGGCGGACUCUUUCAGACAGCUGUGGGACGGCGCCCGCAAGCGGCGGGUGUCGAUCGGCACGGCGUACGGCCUCAACUCGGUGAGCGUGCUGGGCGUUUCGCACCUCACCCUGGAUGACGCCGGGACCUACGAGUGCAGAGCUAGCAACGACCCGCGGCGUAACGACGUCCACCAAAACCCGGCCACCACGUGGAUCCGAGCUCAGGCCACUGUCACUGUGCUGCAGAAGCCAUCGAUUUCCGUCUCCGAGCCGUUGACAAUCACCUCAGACAUGGACAGCAUCUUGCUGCAGUGCAACCUGACCAGCUCCUACGGCAACCCCAAGGACAGCUACUGGAUGAAGAACGGGGAGGAGAUCUCAGGAACGCGAACCCAAAACAAGAACACUGAGCACAGGCUCGACAGACUAAGAGGAGACGACGCCGGCUUGUACAUGUGUGUCUACAACUUUGAAAUGGCUCCACCUGCCAACGCCACCAUCGAAAUAAAAUCUGCUCCCAUCAUAACAGGCCACAAGCGCAGUGAGAAUAAAAACGAGGGCGACCGCGCCGUGCUCUACUGUAAGUCUGCGGGCUACCCUCACCCUAUCUGGACCUGGCACAAGAUCGACCCGACUGGCAUAAGGGACAUCGACAACUCCACCGGACGCUUCUCCGUCUUCAGCAGGGAGAACUACACCGAGCUGCACAUUUCCAACCUGGACAUCAACCUGGACCCCGGCGAGUACAUGUGCAACGCCACCAACAUCAUCGGCAGCCAUAACGAGAAGUUGGUGCUGAGGGUGCGCAGCCUGCUGGCGCCGCUCUGGCCGCUGCUGGGCGUUCUGGCUGAGAUCAUCAUCCUGGUCAUCAUCAUCGUUGUUUACGAGAAGCGCAAGAAGCCGGAGGAUUUACAAGACGACGAUGACCUAGCUGGACCAGUGAAAACUAAUUCGACCAACAACCACAAAGACAAGAAUCUCCGUCAGAGGAACACAAACUGAGAAACCUGUCUGAACAGUCUCAUUAAUCAUGUAUUGACCAUAUGAAGGUAAACAAGAAGGGACUCCAUAGCUGUCGCUCAUCAAUGUAUCUGCCAUUAGAGGAGUGGUUGUGGGAUCAAAUGAGGCAUGCCUUAUUAUUUCAUUGUGUGAGGGUGUGAGACAUGAAGCUACUCAAACCAUUACAGAGUUAACAUUAUAACCAUUGUUGCUGCAUGCGGGUGUUGAGUUUUUUCCUUCUUAAUCGCUAAUUUUAUAUUUUUACAACUUAUAAAAUAAUGCAUGCGAAAUGUCGACCUUCUGUUUGACACAGAAUUGGCUUUCUUCCUGAUUUUUUUUAUUUAUUAUUAUAAUUAUUAUUAUUUAUUGUUAUUAUUUUUCUCCUGAGGUUGUGGAAACUGUACUGUGAAAAACAAAAACCCUGCAAUGUAUAAGAAAAGAUCACCUUAAUCCGGUAUGACAGAUGUGUAUAGUUUUAUCAUUCUUCUGCAUACCAUCAAUUCAUUUUAUUAUAUCAUAUAAAUAUAUAUAAAAUAUAUGUAUAUCACAUUUAAGGGCUUUGCAGUGUCCCUCUAAAGCUGUUAAAAGGUUUACUUUACUUCAUGUAUGUACUGUAUGUAAUAAAUCGCUAUAAUUAUGUAUCAGAUCAUUUAAUAUAUAGAUUAUUCAUAUCAUAUGAUGCACUUAAAUGUUAAGAAUAACGACAAACUGUACAAAUCUACUUUAGGAAAUCUGAAUCAUUCUAACAUAUUAUUUUGUAUUCAUGUGUGUUGUACAGCAUGGCUAUUAUCCUAUGCAAUUAUUAUCCAUAUCAGUAUAUUGAAAGUCAUUGCAGCUUCUGAUUCCUCUGUGACAAAGCUUUAAACUAGUAGGAUCACCGUAGAGCAUCGAUGGCAUAUUUACACAGCUGCAUGAGUUUUCAUCAGCUGGCAUGGGAGGCGGCGGGAGAGAGACCCAUGUCAGAGCUGACACGUUUCCCAGGACUUCAACUCAUUUUUAACAAUAAAUAUAUUAAGACAAACAAA